AUGGAUCACGACAUUGUAUUACAGACGUCGACGGGCUCCAUCACCGUCGAACUCUACACAUCGCAUGCCCCCAAGACCUGCAAGAACUUUGCGACCCUCGUCCGCCGCGGCUACUACAACUCCACCAUCUUCCAUCGCAUCAUCCCCAACUUCAUGGUCCAGGGAGGCGACCCCACUGGCACUGGCCGCGGCGGGACCUCCAUCUAUGGCGACAACUUCGAGGACGAGAUCGAUCCUGGACUGAAGCACACGGGCGCCGGCAUCCUGAGCAUGGCAAACUCCGGCCCCAACACCAAUGGGUCGCAAUUCUUCAUCACGCUUGCCCCUACGCCCUGGCUCGACGGGAAACACACUAUUUUCGGGCGGGUCAAGCACGGCAUGAGCACGGUGAAGCGCAUGGGCCUGGUCAAGACGGGAGCCGAAGAUCGUCCACUGGACGAGGUCAAGAUCAUCGAGGCCAAGGUCGUUGAUGCCGAGGAAGAGGCUUGA